CUCUUAUUAAUUUUUCUUGAAAAUGUCUACAUAUCCUAUAGUGAAAAAUAUUAAAUCAUGCAACGAUCUCGAUGUUUAUGGCGUUUGGUGCUUAAGUCAAGACAACCGCAAAGAGAAUUACAUGUUGGACAAAAAUGUGCUGCUGUUGCUGUGAAAGAAGUUAAUCAAUUUGAGAUGAAACCGCUAUAUUUGGACGCACAAGCUACAACACCAUUGGAUCCCAGGGUAUUAGAUGCCAUGCUACCUUAUUCCAUUUCACAGUAUGGUAAUCCACACUCCAGAACUCAUUUUUAUGGAUGGGAAGCAGAGGAGGCUGUAGAAACGGCACGAGAGCAUGUUGCAAAGUUGAUUGGUGCUGACCCAAAAGAAAUCAUAUUUACAAGUGGAGCUACUGAAUCUAAUAAUAUUGCUGUGAAAGGUGUUGCAAAGUUCAAUCGACGAAAGAAGAAACACAUCAUCACUACACAAACAGAACACAAAUGUGUAUUGGACUCAUGCCGAUAUUUGGAAGGUGAUGGCUUUGAAGUAACAUAUCUACCUGUGAAAUCAAAUGGAGUGCUUGAUUUAAAAACAUUUCAAGAUGCUAUUCGACCAGACACAUCUCUAGUGUCUGUUAUGACAGUCAACAAUGAGAUUGGUGUGAGACAGCCAGUUGAAGAGAUCGGCGCAGUUUGUAAAGAGAACAAAAUAUUUUUCCACACAGACGCUGCACAAGCUGUAGGUAAGAUACCAGUCGAUGUAAAUGCGAUGAAUAUCGAUUUGUUAUCUAUUAGUGGGCAUAAAAUUUAUGGACCAAAAGGAAUUGGUGCUCUGUAUGUGCGCAGAAGACCACGUGUUCGAUUAGAACCCUUAAUGAGCGGUGGUGGCCAAGAGAGAGGCUUACGUAGUGGAACACUACCAGCGCCACUUAUUGUUGGAUUUGGAAAAGCAUGUGAAAUCGCCUUGCAAGAGAUGGAGUACGAUCGGAAGCACGUAGAAAAUCUUUCCGCAAGAUUAAUAAACGGCAUUAUGGCAAAGAUUGAUCACGUCGUACGCAAUGGUGACGCCGACAUGACGUAUCCAGGUUGUGUCAAUCUAUCCUUUUCGUGCAUUGAAGGAGAGAGUUUACUGAUGGCUUUAAAAGAUAUUGCAUUGUCUUCAGGAAGCGCUUGUACAUCAGCUUCGUUGGAACCAUCCUACGUGCUGCGAGCAUUAGGAGCUGACGAUGAAAUGGCCCACUCCUCCAUCAGGUUUGGUAUUGGAAGAUUCACAACACAAGAAGAAGUUGAUUACACCGUGGAGAAGUGUAUUCAUAAUGUGAACAGGUUGCGUGAGAUGAGUCCGCUGUGGGAGAUGAUUCAAGAAGGAAUCGAUUUAAAGACAAUAGAAUGGGCACAACAUUAAACGCCACUGGUGUGCUGAGCGCGAAUGGAUGGCGUAUCUUACACUGUUUUUCAUCAAUGUCGUUAACGCUAUCUUCAUUGUACAAAAUAUCCUCGUGUAUAUAAUAACAUCGAAAACAUUACCUAUCUUUUUGUAGAAAA